CGUUGAAGUAAAAUGGUGUGAACGGUCUGGCGGGAGAGACGGAGAGCUCAUUUUUGUAGUUUUGCGCUUUACUCAGUUUAUAUAUAUAUUCAUAUUUAAAAACUCUGUGUGUUAAUUAGUCUAUAUUUUAUUUUUACAGAAGAGACCAAACUAACAGCGACACCGGGUUCUUUUUAGCGUUUUACUGCUAAACUGUUGGUUUACAAACGUAGCUAGCUAAUAAAGCUAACUGGUUUGUUUGUCUCUAUAGAAACGUCUUACUAGCGUUACAGCUAUACAUUCAGUAUCUGCUGGUUUAAUUUAGCUUUUGUUUAUUUGUUUGUUCGCUUCGUUAAAACUGUCCACAUUUGCGACUUUGGUUUUUGACUAUUUUUCUAAGAGCUGUAUAGCAAUGGCAAAGGUGCAGGUGCUAAAUGUGGCAGUCUUAGAUAACCCGAGUCCUUUCGGGAACCCAUUUCAGUUUGAGAUCACAUUUGAGUGCAUGGAGGAUCUUCCAGAAGAUCUUGAGUGGAAAAUAAUUUAUGUGGGCUCAGCUGAGAGCGAGGAGUAUGACCAGACUCUGGACUCAGUCCUGGUAGGACCAGUGCCGGCGGGGCGUCACAUGUUUGUGUUCCAGGCGGAUGCUCCGAAUACUGGCCUGAUCCCUGAGAGCGAUGCUGUGGGAGUCACUGUUGUUCUAAUCACCUGCACAUACCGAGGACAGGAGUUUAUUCGCAUUGGCUAUUACGUCAACAACGAGUACACUGAUGCUGAGCUCCGAGAGAACCCACCGCUUAAACCUGACUACUCUCAGCUCCAGCGAAACAUUUUGGCAUCAAAUCCACGUGUAACCAGAUUCCAUAUCAACUGGGAGGGAUGUUCUGAGAAGAUGGAGGACUCUGAGAAUGUGGAUCCUUCCCCAAAUGUCAUGCUGCCUCCAUCGUGCCCACCUGGAAAAGCGCCUCCACUCGGACUGAUGCCAGAAAACUCCAUGGACUGCUUGUAGAGCCCGUAAUCAUCUUAAAGAAUUUAUACACCAGACCCAUCAGGCCAGAGAAGCAGACUUAACAACCAGCACUGACUUUGGGGCCCAGUGUGUUAAGAGUUUCAGAUUGAAGUCAGGCAUUGUAAAUCAUAUUAUUAAACGUGAUAUCUCAGAGGCUGUGUGAGUGCCUGAGAGGUGUUAUAAUUAUUAAUGACAAAAGUUAGAUCUGGAAGUAAUGAGUGUUACACAAGCAGUAUUUUGAUCAUCUUUCAAAAUAGAUUGGAUUUACUAUUAAAUUCAACCAAAGGUCUGCAGGUGGGAUUGUACUAUACUGUAUAUAGUUUUCCUUUUGUUUGUAUGCUGGCUCUGAAUAAAUAAAUCUCUUUUUGUUACAUGAA